GUGCUGCAUCUGAAAGGGGGAAGUGGAUGAACUCUCAUUAUUAUCACAUCUCCAAACUUUGCAGGAUGCAAAUUUAUUUACACUAUAACACAGUAUAGUAGUGUAGCUGUGUACAUACAAACUGGAUGAUUUGCGGUGCACUGACUUGAUCACCUGCUGUAGAUAUCUUCAACAUGUCAGAAGUAAUCUGCCUGCCCACGUGUCUGUCUUAUCUUAGAUUAACACAAGCAUUGUCAUUUUCUUAUUUCUUAACCACACACUCUCAAAAUGUGCCCAAUACGGUGUGUGUAAAUUUCAGGCACAAAUACUCACAUGUAUGAAGGCAGAGCUUCCUCUUCCCCUCGUCACAGUGCCUAAGAAACCAAGAGCCAGUUGAGUGUGAAAGCACCUCACACCAGACGGCAUCACCACAUGCAGCACAUUGAGACAGAAGCCACAUCACUAGCAAGUUAAGGCUGACUUCACAUGCACACACGGACAGGUUUUUCUCUCUGCUGGUAAAGUGUGGUAAGAAGGUCUGCUGUUGACCCCAUUUGCAACUGCACAGCUCAAGGAGGAGUGUUGUCUCUGCGUCAGCCUGCUGCUUACAGAGUAGUGUGAAGCUACUGGAGCAUGCGUUCACUGGUGGGCACUCCUGGCUCUGACCUCUCCCCUCCAUGCUGAUCAUCUAGGCACAAGGUAUUCAAGGUUGCUGAGUAAAAUGAUGAAGGAUUGACCAAAGGAAAUGUAUGUGUGAGAGAGGUGAUGGCUCUGAAUACGUCUGGAUCGUGGGGGGAGUCCCUGGCCAACUCCUCCUCAAGAUGUGGCCACAACAUGACCGGCUGGGACCAGCGCAUGGAGAAGAUGUACACGUACUUCUACCUGCUGCUCUUCAUCCCCGGGCUGCUGCUCAACACCACCGCUCUCUGGGUCCUCUGCAGACAUAUAAGUAAGAAGACCAAGGCAGUGAUCUUCAUGAUAAACCUGGCAUUAGCAGACCUGGCCCACAUCCUCUCUCUGCCUCUCAGGAUUUAUUAUUACUUCACACACACCUGGCCCUUUGGACGAGGCAUCUGCUUAUUCUGCUUCUACCUCAAAUACCUUAACAUGUAUGCUGCUAUAGUGUUCCUGGUGUGUAUCAGCAUGCAGAGGUGUGUCUUCCUGCUCGACCCGUUUAUCGCUCGCCGGUGGAGGCGACGCUAUGACCUGUUGAUCAGUAUUAUAGUGUGGGUGGUUGUUAGUCUGGCCUGCACGCCUUUCAUUCUGAUGCGGAGCAGCAGCAGCAGCAGCAGUCUUAGCUUCGGGACAAACACAGUCUAUAACAUGUCCUUUUAUCUGAAUGCCACAUCUACCCAACAACCCUCAGGUUACACCAAACUAAGCUCAAGCUCUAGCACCGUCUCCAAAGACCUGACCUGUUUUAAAGACUUGCCCAUGCGUCGUCUGUCCCUCUCUGUGCUGGUCCCCAUGAUGGCCCUCGCCGAGCUGUUUGGUUUCUUGAUUCCUUUAGCCUGCAUCAGUUACAGCUCCAUCCGCAUCGCCCAGUCCCUCAAUCUAAAACAGAUGGACAGACAGGAUCAGCAAAACCCGUCUGCACUCAACUCCUCAGGACGCAGCCGACUCCAGUCAGUCACCUCCAACUCUGAUAAAUAUCAUGAAAAGCAUGUGGACAGUGAGAAGCGGCGCGCUCUACGGAUGGUGCUGAGCUGCUCUGCCCUCUUCUUGUUCUGCUUUGCCCCUUACCACCUCAACUUCCUGCUCUACCUGAUGGUAUCACAGGACAUAGUGUCCCACUGUGCGACGAAGCUUGCUGUGAGUCAGUUCCACCCAGUGUCCCUGUGCAUGGCUAGCCUGAGCUGCUGCCUCAAUCCUCUGCUUUAUUACUUUUUAACAGCCGAGUUCAGAUUGCACCUCAGCAGGCGCACCUCCUCCUUCACCGCGUCGCUCCUCUCAUCCUCGAUCAACUCCCCUACCCAGCGUCCUGCGCAGCACAGACUGACGAGCAUGGAGAGUAGCUGCUCAGACAGGGAGUAAUGUUAUUCAGAGUUAUUCAGAUUUUCUUUAGGGAAUGAGACAGCUAAACACGACAAACAGAUGCAUCUCUGUAAGGCAUUCUGUUGAACAUAGAAACAGACUGGCAUGGUUGACGUUGGUCAACUAAAUGGUUUCACAUGUCGCAGCCGUCUGACCCAACUGACCCAAAGAGCUUUGACCUUGAUGUUAAGAACUUCAAAUAAGCUAUAUCAUAAUUAUCAAAGCUGUAUGUAAAUGCAUGUAAUUGUACUGUAAAUAAAAGCAAGUCUGCGUUCUCUGUCUUAUCUGGA